AUGCAAACUGCAAACAAUAGUGCUUCAACAUCUGUAAUUAUGAUUCAAGAACAGCUAUCAUUAUGCACUUCUCAGACCUAUAAAAAAAAGCCGGUUCUUGUGGUGCGAAAUGAAUCUAUGAAGAAGUUACAGGCUAAAAAAGGAACAUUUAUCUGUCAUCGAGAUAUUUCACAUGUAUCAGAUCGCAUUUCACAUCCAAUGGAUGUGGUCGAAAAGACUCGUUUUCUGAAAGAAAUGAGGAAUUUCUCUGUUUAUGAAAACAAUGAUCGUAUUGUGUUACCAAAGAGAAAGGAAGGAUUAAAAUCGCCAUUGCGAUGCUUUUACUGUGGUGAAUGGUUCGACUGUAAUGAAAACAGUUCUGGUUCUUGCAAAGAAGCUCCGGAUCCUAUCGAACGUACAAUUCGUUUUUUUACAUGCUAUCCAAUAGCGGAAGGCGCUGUAUAUCAUUGUUGUAGGAGUGACGAUGAUAUGCCUGUCAAUAUUAGCCGUUUCGGACAAGGCUAUAAUGUAUUUUCACUUGGACCACGUCACGUGUCACCACUGAAACGUAUGAAACGAUGGCUAUUUUUGGCGUUUAUGUCACUGAUAGUACCAUGCUUAUGUUGUUAUUUCCCAGCUCAUAUGAUAAACAAAUGUUUCGGCGGUGGCAAACGAGGACGUCAUCAAUCAUACCAUUCUAUAGCUAAUUUUGAAAGCUAA